AUGGCAAAAUCUCUAUUUAGGCGUCAUUCUUCACCACUGCUAUCUCUCUCCAUUCCAUCCUACAACUAUCCCCUUUCGACAGCUGUAUAUGACGUUUUUAUUAAUCACCGGGGGAAAGAGACAAAGCAAUCUGUAGCUAGUCUCUUGUACCAUAAUCUCCAGAAUAAAGGAUUCACUGAGUUUCUGGACCAAAAAUCUCUACAGGGAGGGGAAUAUGUACCCGGGGCAAUCAGGCACGCAAUACGAAAAGCCUCGGUUCAUGUUGCAAUCUUUUCUCCCAGCUAUGCGGAGUCUGAGUGGUGUUUGGAUGAGCUCCAUCUGAUGCUCAAAACCGGGGCUCCAAUUGUCCCAGUAUUUUGGGAAAUUCAACCUUCUCAGCUUCGAAUGGAGGACGACAAUGGAGUGUACGCCAGAGCUUUUCAGAAGCACAAGCAGGCUGGAAAAUUUGAUAUUGGAACACUUGAAGAAUGGAGAAAAGAUCUGCGCAGGGUUUCACUCUUGGAAGGCUUUAUUUAUGAAGGGUAA